AAUUUUCCAUCUUGGCAAAAACAAGCAGAGCGCAUCGUAGCACUAACCGUGCAAAUUUGGGUGCUGAGCAUCCAAUUUUACACGUUAUUUUUUUUCUUUCCUUCCUAGGCUCUUUUCCUUUGCAAUCUACCAUUUGUCUGUCAUAAAUGUCUGCAAAACCCUUCAGUUUCGCAGACUACCCUGUCAUCAUUGGUAUUGACUUUGGUACUACUUUCUCGGGAUGUUGCUACGCAUUUGCGCAGAACGAAGAAGUCAUUGAUAUUGUCAAAUGGCCUCGUCAACAUAAUCAAGUUUAUCCGAAAACACCCACGCUAUCGUUAUAUCGACGAGGUUCCCCGGAGUUAUUAGAUUGGGGUCAUGGCGCUCGACGUACUGCUAUGAAACCCAACAGUACAGACCUUUUACUUCUGUCCAAGUUCAAACUCUAUCUCGACGAAAAUCUGCAUCAGGAAUCAUUGCCCAACGGACUCUCCGUGCUUGAUGUCAUUGCAGAUUAUCUCCGUGUGUUUCACCAACACGUAUGCGGGGAACUGCAAAAGACCUUCGCCAGCAAUUAUACUCAGGACCAUUACCGAUACUGUUUGACCGUUCCAGCCAUGUGGAGUGACCGGGCUAAAUCCACCAUGCGCGAAGCUGCCAUUCGUGCCGGUCUAGUUUCACGCAGCGAUCACCCAGAUAGGUUGAUGCUUAUCUCAGAACCCGAAGCCGCUGCCUUGUAUUGUGAAAAGAAGUCAGAACAGUUCAAUCUCGCACAUGGUCAACGCUUUAUGAUUUGCGAUGCUGGUGGUGGUACUGUUGAUCUGAUUGUGUUUGAAAUUGAUCAACCAGAAGGCGGAAAGCGCACACUGAAAGAAGUCACCAAAGGUCAUGGUGGCUCAUGCGGCUCCGGAUUUUUGGACAUGCGCAUGCGUGAAUAUAUUAAAAACAAGUUCUCGCAUCAUGGAAGCAUUAACGAGUCAGCUUUGGAAAAUGUCAUGGAUAGUUUUGUAAAUUUGAUCAAGCCUGAAUUCGAUGGAUAUGAAGACCACUUCCUGCAAUUACCAGCCUCUAUGGGCCUAGGUGAUUUGACGGAUGAGGAAAUCGGUUUGGAGAAUGGGUCACUGCAUCUGCCGGCGGAAGAGCUUAGAGACUAUGUGUUUGAGCCAGUUGUGUCCCAAGUUUUAGCCCUUAUCGAUGGUCAAUUGAACCAAUCUCCCAACUUGGAAGCCAUCUUCUUGGUGGGUGGUUUCGGUCAAUCUAACUAUCUCUUCCGUCGUGUCGAAGAGGUGUUCGCAAAUCGGGUCGGCAUGAUUGGUGUUCCGCCCCGUGGAGAACUUGCUGUUGUUCGUGGUGCAGUUUAUUUCGGAUUGAAUCCACAAAUUGUCACCGAACGUGUAUCAAGACGUACCUAUGGUGUUGAAACUCGUAUGCUCUACCAACCCGGUUUGGACCCAAUAGAAUAUUCCGUCGUUGGAGCCGACAACAGGUUAUUCUGUCGACAACGCUUCAGUGUCUAUGUCCAUAAAGGCCAGAGCGUGAAAGUUGAUGAGUGUAUAUCCAAGAACUUUGUCAUUAGCUAUCCCAACGAUACUGACUCAGAUCUUUAUGCCUUUGAUGGAGAUGGCCCAGCACCUCGUUUAACCACUCACCACCUGGUCAAGAAGGUAUCCCAGUUCCCUAUUCGAAUGCCUAACUUGGAUGGGGUCAAACCUGGCGAUAAGGUCAAUAUGACCAUUCGCAUGUUCUUUGGUUUAACCGAGAUCAAAAUUGAAUGUGUUAUUCGAGACAAGAUCUUCGUGUUUACAUCCUCAUUUGAUGCAACUGAUUCAUUUGCCAACGCUCAAGUCGGUACACCUUCGAUUCAAAACAGCCCAUUAAGACACACUCAAGCAUUUGUGCCCUCUCCUUCCAGCACUCAUCUUCCCCUUGGCACUCCACAAACAAGCUCAGCUUAUCCAGCAUAUCCUUCUCCUGGAGCACCUAUGCUUCCAUCAUCUAAUCUUCCACAACAAGGCUAUGGUGGUGCCCCACAACAGGAUGUGUACGGUUCUCAGCAGCAGGAUGUGUAUGCUACUCCGCAGCAACAGCCUGCACCUUAUCCGCCUAUGAACCAAGGUUACCCUCCUCAGCAACAGCCGAAUUACUAUAGACAAAGUACCUAUGAUAGUUAUUCACAGCCGCAAGGUGGUUAUUAUAAUCAGGAUGGCUAUGGCUCCCCUGCUCCUCCCCAAGGCGGUCGACGCACCCAGCAGCAGCAACAGCAGCAACAGUAUCCUCCUUAUUAGCUUUUUUUUUUUUUUUUUUG